GCUGCCUCUGCAGCGGCCAAGGACGAAGGGAGAGAUGAUCCGGAGUCGCGGGAGCGCGGAGACGCGAGAGCGCGCAAACACGGGGCGCGGAGGCACGGGAGCGCGGAGACACGGGCAGCAGUUUUCGUUUCAUACCUGUAGCGAGGAUUGCAAGCCCAACCGGCGCAAUGUAAACCAGGAGCGGAAAAUCAUCGAGCUACCACCUUGCCCGUAACCUCGGCUCCAUUCAACGUUUGCAAUAAUUAAUCUCGUCCACUGGAAUCCGUGCGGUGAUUGCAAUUUCAUGCACAUCCCGUGGAGUUUGCUUUUAUGAAUGAGGACCAACAUGCUGACCAGCAUCACGGAGGGCAUCCUGUGCUGUAUCACGGGCCGGCCGCUGAACGUGGUGGGGGCCAUCGACAGCGUGGAGUCUGCGGACGGCUAUGAGUACGUGGAGGUGAAGCCGGGCCGGGUGCUGCGGGUCAAGCACGUGAUGCCGGUGCGGACGGGGGAGCAGCUGGCGGAGGGGUGCGAGGGGCGGCCGGGCCGCGGUGUGGUCCACUGCAGGCGCCGCAUCUGCAUCUACCGCGGCGGCCAGGUGGUGAUCGAGAACUUGGGCGACGCCGUGCGCUCCGAGAUCCUGCACUGUCGCAACGGCAGCGGCGACACCGGCAGCACGCUGGAGAUCGAGCUCUCCGACACCCAUGCAGCGGCGCAGCCUGGCGCCCCCGCCGAGAGUGCGGCUCCCGUGCAGCCAAGUACAGCAGUCGUGCAGCCCGGCGCAGCACACGUGCAGCCACGCGCUGGAACCGCGCCGAUCAGCGCAGCGCCCGUGCAUAGCAGUGCCGCCACCGUGCAGCCCAAUGCAGCACCCAUGCAGUCCAGUACAGCUCCAAUGCAGCCCAGUGCCACCACCGCGCAGCCCAGUGAAGCCAAGCGUCGCAGGCGCAGGCCGAAGCGGACGGUGACGAUCGAUUGCAAGAAGCACAUCACCAGCUGCAAGGGCACGCACUCGGACGUGGUGCUGUUCUUCAUCCACGGGGUGGGCGGCUCGCUGGACAUCUGGAAGGAGCAGUUGGACUUCUUCGGCAAGCUGGGCUACGAGGUGGUAGCCCUGGACUUAGCGGGCCACGGGGCCAGCACCGCUCCCAAGGUGGGCGCUGCCUACACCUUCUACGCCCUCCGCGAGGACAUGAGGGCCAUCUUCAAACGCUACGCCAAGAAGCGGAACAUCCUGAUCGGGCACUCCUACGGCGUCUCGUUCUGCACGUUCCUGGCUCACGAGUACCCUGACCAGGUACACAAGGUGGUGAUGAUCAACGGCGGCGGCCCGACAGCCCUGGAGCCCAGCCUUUGCUCCAUCUUCAACCUGCCCUCCUGCGUGCUGCACUGCCUCUCGCCCUGCCUGCUCUGGAGCUUCCUCAAGGCGGCGUUUGCCCGACAGGGGGCCAAGGAGAAGCAGCUGCUGCGAGACGGCAAUGCCUUUAAGGUGACCUCUUUCGUGCUGCGGGCCAUGAUGAGCGGCCAGUACUGGCCGGAGGGUGACGAGGUGUACCACGCCGAGCUGACCGUGCCCGUGCUGCUGCUUCAUGGGCUGCACGACAGGUUCGUGCCCAUCGAGGAGGACCAGCGCAUGGCCGAGAUCCUGCUGAUUGCUUUCCUGAAGAUCAUCGACGAGGGCAGCCACAUGGUGAUGAUGGAGUGCCCGGAGACGGUGAAUACACUGCUUCACGAGUUCCUGCUGUGGGAGCCGGAGGUCAGUGCGGGCGAGACAGCCGAGAAUGGCCAGAGGGAGGAGAGCACCAAAUAAAGAAGGUCAACGGGGCAACUAAUCAUCCAGCAAUUUUGGUGGAAACGCUAUUGUUGACAGGCCGAUUGUGUGGAGCUGUCGGGAUGGUCGCAGCUUAAGGCUGUUUGUGACAUGCGGCGAGGAGCUAUGGACCGAGGGAAUUCGGCCUGUAUUCAGGCUUCAACCUGGGCAUUGGGAGUUGGUCAGAGUUAACCCUGUACAAUGUAUACUUCGAGAAACGGCAGCUAUGUGUGUGCGGUUUAUCAUCAGCUGUGUAUUUUUUUUUAAAACAGAAAAACUCACCAGGUAAUGUGAAACUCAAUUAUUCGAAAGAGCGGAGAUUUCUUGUGUUACCAGAGUUACAACAAACAGGACUAUUUGGAAUCUCCAGGACGAUGGUGAGGAAUGGACAUCAUUAAAUAAACAAUGUAUUUUUUAAAACACUUUGAUUGAUUAUCAGAAGUAUUGCAGAUGGAGGUGGGGACAAUAGGUGGAUGGCUUUCAGGAGUCACACUACCAGGUAACAGAUGGGCUUGAGUUGUGCACAGACUGGACAGGCAGUCAAAGGUGGUGGGUGUGGGCUGGGAUGUGACGAGUUCUGGAAUAUACCCAACCAGACCAGAGAAGCCAAGAGCUCCAGCUGAGGUGUCGGUCAAUAUCUGGACACUACACUGACCAACAUCUCAGUCAGUGCAUGGUCACUGCAUGGACCGAUCAAGGUGGUGGUCAGUCUACAGGCACUGCACUGACUGUAGUGGUGGCCAGUGUAUGGAUACUCCACAGACCGAGGUGACAGUCAGUGUAUAGACAGGGAUAGUGGUCAAUGUAUAGACACUGCACUAUAAGGUACGAACACUGCCAAUAUGACCAUCCACACGCACAGGAUUUGUAGCUCAAGUCUAAUCUUGUUGCGAUCGUUGAUUGUUGGGCAAGGAGUUGGAAGAGUGGAAUUUGCUCUAGCUGAUUGUCACCUUCCCUCGGGCUGGAGUUCAGUGUCCAGUGAGGAGGUUACACUGAACCAUUCCACUGCCACAAGCCAGGAGGUCUUUGCUAGGCUCUGCGCUGCCAGUCCACAGCCAUCACCAGCAGGGUCCCCGACUGCGCCCAUCUCGAGCAGAUAGUCUGAGCAGUGUUCUGAGGGAGGCAGUGCUGGCCCUACUUUGCUAUUGUCUCCAGUACCUAAUGCAAUGUGCUGUUAUACAAUAUACAGAAUGUCAGUUAUCUCCAGUAUCUUCCCAGUGAGUGCUAUUGUGUAAUCUUUAUAUUAUAUGGUAUGUAUUAUAACAUGGAAUAUAUUGAACUCAAUUAA